GCGCGGGCAUCGCCGCUGCUUCACUGUGUCACCCGCCGGCGCUGCACCCACACACUGAGGGAGACACACACACACAGAGACAGACAGAGGGAUGGAGACGCUGUGCCUCGUUGUCCUCGGACUCCUCGCUGCUUGCUGGCCGGCCGUGUCGCCCUUACCCACCGGAGCCCCCCUGACCAGCUGCGAGAGCAUGGCCCCCAAACACACGGAUGUGACCCCUCAGACAGGACCAGCCCCCUACUACAUCAUGAUCAAAAACUACACCGACAAAGUGGAAGUGACAGUAAUGGGCCGAUCCUACAGCGGCAUCCUACUGGAAGCACGGUAUCCGAAUCAAACGAUGGCAGUUGGUACAUGGGCACAACCACCAGCUAAUACAAAACAAAUAGCGUGUUUCAACAAGAUGAAUAGUGCAAUUACUCAUUCAAACACUGAAUUGAAAACCAACGUCACUUACACCUGGAUUUCAUCGUGUUCAAAGAAUGGUACUAUUGUAUUUCUAGCAACUGUUGCCGAAAGCAGAACAAUUUAUUGGAUAAAACUGACUUCUGAUCCUGUCCGUGUAACUUGUUCUGGUUCUGCGAUAAACCUCCAUGGAUUUGCUGCCCUUGUCGUGCUCUUGAUUUCAGCGGUAGCUGUGCUCUAAGCAGCAACAUCACGUUCUGUAAACUUCAUUUGAGUUUUUCAUUGUUGUUGUUUAAAAUUGGAUUGCAUUCUGCAAACAAUUACGUACUUAAAGGCCAAUUGUCAAAUCAGUUCUCAGGCAUCAACGUUUGACCCCAUUUCUACUGAGAGUUGAUGGUGUAGAAAUUAUCAGCUCAAUGACUGAGUUGUGGAUUUAUGGGUGCAGUGGAGGACUUCAAUGAGAUCUUUGCAGAUGAAGUUAACUGCUUAUUUUAAAAAAAAAGGUAUUCUGCUCUAUUUUGACCCUGUGUUAAUGGAAUGCACUGGAGAGAAUGUUGUACUACAAGAAACUAGCAAACAGAAUUAAACUUAUCACUCAGGUUUCAAUGAGAACAGGUUUUAAGGAUCGUUUUCAUACAUCUCUUACUGUUAAUUGGGCAAUUUUUAAGGAAAUAUAUAGGGUUUUUUUUAUUCAAUAUGAUUGCCUUUAUAGUAGGAAGAAAAUAUAGUCUGGGGUUAUUUCAACAUACUUGCUUGAACGUUUUUUUACAAUCUUCAUUAGAGAAUUUUCAUCAGCUAUCUAAAUUAGCUUUCACAUUUGCUCUGAUUUGAAACACCAGCACUAAUCAGAAGGUCCAGUUCUUGGUAAAGUAUUUUAAUUGAAGUUAAGUUAGUUUGUUCAAACUGCCUGCAAAUUGGGAUAAAAAUAUACAACUUUACUCAUUUGCAGCUUUCAAGGGAUUACAUCAGAGUGCUGGGGAAGCUGGAGAGAAUAGAAUGGGAACGAUCUAAAGCAAUAAGACCAUAUGAAAUAAAACAAUUAGUGGAUAGAAACAUGGAAAUUGACUAAGAAUAUUAGAUUCUUUUACAAUUGUUACUUUGAAUAUUUGACCAUAUUUGACCAUUUUUGGAAUUAGAAUAUAUUUUACAUUAUAGUAAUUGCAUCUAUUUUGCAAUAAAGGUUUUAUUAAACAGG